AUGUCUGACUCACCAGCCUCACCCUUCACCGAAAGAAUGGCCAAAAACGCUGACGCCUACCCUCUUCGUCCUCACCCAACCAUACCACCAACCACUUCACCGCCAAUUUGCCAGGAUGCGCCCGAACACAACGAAUCCAACACACGCUGCUCGAAGUGCCGCUUCCUGUGUUCUCUCCACUUCUUUUCAGCUCUAUUCUACCUCGUUCUCCUCACACUCUUCAUCGUAGUCUUUUGCGCCAAGAUCUUCGAUCCGUUGUCGCCGGAUCAGCUCUCUCCCUCGAAGGAGAACGACGAAAAUGGCACUGACAAGCUCGCGACUCUACCCCCACUGACCAGGCGCGUCAACGUACUGCUCAAGAGGUGGGAUGCCGGCCAGUUGGACGACCACAUGAUGCUCUAUGUUCUUGCUGGUGGUUUUGGAUUUGCGUUCAUCGGUGGCGUGAGUAUGAGUUGGUACCUUCAGCGGAAGCAGCUUGGACGGCAGAAACGACGGUAUGAGAGGGUGGUGAUUUGGAGGAAUGGUGAGGCUGUCUGA